CGAUAGAUAAUAGAAAAUUUCCUCAAGUGACGUACCGACGCGACGUGUUGACGUUUUUUGUAAUUUUGCUUCGCUGGUCGUCUGGAUAUUUCACUUUUACAUACGUGUCAAGUGAGCUUGUGCGUGUUUGGCUUUAGAGCCUUUAAUUUUAAGACAAUUGACGAAUAUCACUGAUUUAUUUAGAACAAUGGCACCCAAACAGAGAAUGCGUAUCGCCAACGAAAUCGCCAGCAAAAACAUCACAAUGAGGGGCAAUGUUCCAAAAACCACAAAGGAAAAGGAAGAUCAAUAUCCAGUAGCACCAUGGCUUCUAGCUCUCUUCAUAUUCGUAGUCUGUGGUUCUGCUGUCUUCCAAAUCAUACAGUCCAUACGACUGGCUUAAACCCUCUGUGAUUUCCUUCCCGACUGAUAAUUUUAGUAACCUAAGAAAUUGUGGCAUACUAUAAACAGUUUUAAACAAUGAAGUUAGAAUGUAAAUAUGUUUUAAAUAUAAUGCUUUCACAUUUGUUUUACCACAUUACUGUUUCAUCGAUCGUGAGUCUACAAUUGUCACCUAGAGCCACAAUUUCUACAAAACACCACAACUCCUUGUAAUAAUUAAAUAUUUUGUAUGACGAAGUGUUUAAGCUUACAAGGUGACUGCGCAUUUUCCCUAUGUAGCUUUCAUAGUUGCAUCUAAUUGUGUUUAGUCUAAGCGCAGAUUUAAAUAUAAUCUCAAAAACAUUUAAAUGUACUAUAUUCUUGUAUAGUGUAAAUUUAAUUAGGCUAGAUUCAUACUUGGCAAUUUUUUUUGAAUAAAGUUUUAGCCAUGCAAGAGAAAACCUUAAUCAAAAAUUUACCGUUGGCAAGUACAUUAUUUUUGAAGGUUUUGUUUGUGCUUAAGUUGAACAUAAGAAAUUGCUCAGUAUGUUUCUAGCCUUAAUAUUAAGAUGUAACCAAGCAUUUCGAUAUAUUAAUGAAAUUAUUUUUCCAUUCCUGAAUGAUUUUAUAUAAGACCAAUUUAUGAAAGACGCACAACAUCAUAAAUUUGUUUAGCAAAAUUAUGUUUUAGUGAUUUUUUUUUUGUAUAAUAUUAGUAAAUUUUAUUUUAUUCCGCGCCACCGUUAUGAAAUUAUUUGUCGGUUCUAUUUUUAAUUUUAAAUGUAAUUUAUUUGUUUAAAUACAGUAUAUUUGUCAA